AUGCCAGACACCCAGCCAGUACCAGGCAGCCUUGCGCUGAUCCUGGUGGGCUUGGAUCGCUGGCGCUUUAUCACACACAGCACCGACGACGGUGCCAUCAGCCACACGGCAGAGAGCGGCGAGGGCACGGUGGUGCACUGCGGCGUGCUGCCGGCCGAGCAGAUGGCAGGCUUCCGGGCGGCCCUGAGCGGCGCCCUGGCCAAGGCGGCGCAGCGCAAGGGCGACGAACGCUCUGCGGCUGGGGGCGGGCAGGGCCACCAGAAGACGCCGGCGAUGGUGCGCGCCCUGGUGCUGCAAGCGCUGGACCAGCUGGAGGCAGAUGAAGAGGACGAGGUGCCGGCGCGGCAGCCGCAGGGCGGUUUCACCGACGUCGGGUUGCACACAGGCGGCGCGCCGCGAGACACCGCAUGGCCGCUGGUCCGCGAGGCCAUCAGGGCAACACUGGGCCACGUCAGCACCUGCCGCAGCCCCUCCCCCGACCUCUUCCAGCUGGCAGAGGCCCACCUGCAUCUGUGGCUGCUGCAGCGUCAGGUGCCGCUGGUGGUGAAUGGCUCAGCCACCUCGACGGCGCUGAAUGCUGCCAUGCAGAUGACGGCGGCUGUGGCCAGCGUGGGCGGCGAGCUGGCUGUGCAGGCGCACGACGUGGCACACGUUGAGGCAGCCUGCAGAGCGGCCCGGCUGGCGCUGGAGGGCGCCAGAGCAGCGCGGGUGCAGGCGGCCGCCAGCGAUGCGCAGCUGCCAGCCCUGGCUGGGCCAGACUCGCCCUGCGGCCCCGGCAGCUACCGCCUCCCGCGCGGCGUUUUGCCGCCGCUCGCCGGCCCUCAGGCUGAGGGAGGCGGCCUCGAGGAGGCCAUUGAGCGGGAGGGCCGCAACCUGGGCUCGCUGCUGCUGCCGCCAGAGCGCCCGCCAGGCCAGCUGCCGUUUGCCGACCUGCUGGCAGCACUGUCCGCCGCCCGGCAGCACCAGGGCAGCGUGGUGGCACAGCACGCGCUGUGCAUGGUGGAAAGAGAGAUGUUCCAGUGCGCCGUGCAAGGCUUUGGCGCGAAGGCGCGCCUGCCAGAAACAGAGGUGGAUUCCCUGGUGGAAGUGGUGAAUGCCUACCUGCUGGCGCUGCACACGUUCCAAGGCGGGGGGGCCAGCGAGCCCCGCAUGCAGGCAGACCUGCGGAGCCGCGGCGUGCUGGUGGUGUGGCCCCUGCUGCCAGCACCGCCAACUGCUACGCUCACGCACUAA